CUACCUACCAUGCUCUGAGGACCCGGGGGAGCGCAAGAAGCCAGCUCCCGGCCAUCUCGCACCUCACGCCUCCCGCCUCGCGCCUGGGCGUUCUCGCGAGGUCCGCACGCGCUCGCCAGACGGCCAGGCGCGCGUGCGCAGCUCGGACCUGGCGGGAAGGGGCAGGUGCUGGGAGGGGCAGGUGCUGGGAGGAGCGGGACCCGCGACAGUUAGACCGCGCGCGGCGGACCUGGCGGCGGGGGCCCAGGGAUGCCGCGGCUCCUCUGCGUGUGUCUGCUGUCGCUGGGGCUCCUAUUAUUUCGGUUCUCCCGUGAGCUGAGCGAAAUCAGCAGAGCUAGGAGGCUGUGCGGCAGGCACCUCCUGAAGGAAAUAAUAAAACUCUGUGGCAAUGUCAACUGGAGCUACUUCGAAGAGGAAACCCCCAUGCCACCGCUGUUUCCCCAGGACAACAAGAUUGAAACCUUCAUCCCAGACCGGUGGGAAAGCUCCCAAACCACUUUCCCGGCUUGGGCGAGAGGCACUAACCCAGUCUCUACUUCUGCCUCUGAGGAAGAAGUGAUAAACAGUUUGGAGAUGUCAUCACUGCCUGAGUAUAGAUAUAUAAGGGCCAACUUGCCGCCUGAUAAGACAAGAGAAUUUUCCUCAUCAAAAGAUACCAAUCAGUAUAUUCAUGAAAUUUCAGAAUUUCAGAAGAAAGAUACAAACAAAAUUAAAACCUUACGCAAUGUGUUUUGGGGGAAUCAUCCCCAAAGAAAACGCAGAGGAUACUCAGAAAAGUGUUGUCUUAAAGGAUGUACAAUAGAAGAACUCAGCAUCGCAUGUUUUCCAUAUGUUGAAUAUAAAAACUUACAAAAACAAGUACCAUCAUUUGUGACUGAGAUCUACUAACCAUCAUAGGAAUUAUACUAACUUAAUAAAAGCUUAAUAUAUUUAUUUUACUUUAUUUUUGGUAAUUGUCCUUGUAGGUUCUUUGCUGUGAACACCAUCUAAAAGUAUUUGCAGGUACUUAGCAAUACUUUACAGUAACAAUCUUUGGUAAUUUUGUUAACCCCAAUUUUUCAUAUAUUUUAUAUUUGAAGAUGUUACUGGAGGUGCUUGAAACUCUCUCAGGCUGCAUUUAAAUGGAUUAUGGUAUGUUCUGCAUUCCAUCUCUAUGACAUACAGACUGAUGCCCGGUGACUAUUAAGCUCACCCCAGUAUGCCAGUGAGUCUGUCCCACCAUCUUAACAAUAGCUAACCAGCUACCACUCCUAGUAGGAGCCCUUAUACUCUAAUAGUAAGUAUUCUUUUAAUUCCUUGAGUUUUAUUUUAGUAACCGGUCAGAAAUCUUCUGUUUCUACUGAGGACUUAAAGAGAGUUCAGUGAAUGUCUCUAACUUGCAAAAUCUCUCCAAGAUCCACUGCUUUGAAGGUGCUGAUAUAAUGUGAUACUCUGUUUUGGCUUG